ACUAAAUAUCCAUACAAGUGCCAUAGAAAAGGUCACACUUGACAGAUGAUUAUAUAAGAAGAAAACAUUACAGUAAAGUAAAACUCAAGUUGAAAAUAAAGAUCAACCAUGAUAUCCAUGGGAAUUACUAUGCUUAAAGCAGCAGUACUUCUAUUGUCAAUAGCGACGGUCAGUAGUAACUCUUCGCUUGAAAGUCAUGACUACAAGCACCAAUUCAACAACGACAAAUCACCAGAAUCGAUACUCUACACCAACACCCCCUCAGGCUCUCGUCGAAUAAGAGGGAUGCGAGAAACAAGACAUGCUGAUUUUGUUUUGGGAGGUCUAUUUCCAGCUCACACUUAUUCCAGGAAUGGUGAAGUCUGUGGUGACCCUGCUCAUAUACCUUUGGUGGAUGCAAUGCUCUUUGCACUGGAUAACGUUAACUCAGAUCCAAAUAUUUUACCAAAUAUCACACUUGGGUACGACAUCAGAGACACCUGCUUCAUUGAGCGAAUUGGUUUGGACGAAGCAGCUGACUUGAUUCUCACGGGCACACAGCAUAGAGUUGAGAAGUACACAGCUGCUGGUAACGAGCAGAUAGGAGGAAACAAGACGACAUCACCCUUAACUAUCGGCCUAAUUGGAGCAGCAUCAAGUUCUGUAUCAAUCCCCAUUGCAAGCCUUGGUCGAUUGUUUAAUAUCCCACAGAUCAGCUAUGCCUCUCAAUCCUCCAUCCUUGAUAAUCACGACCGGUACAGCUAUUUCUAUAGAACUAUGCCUUCAAACUCACUGGAAGUACAAGUGAUCGUUGAUCUGCUUCAACAUUUUGAAUGGACAUACAUUUCUAUUUUGUACUCCAGAAACAGUUAUGGCCAGUCUGGAUUCAACAAUCUUCACAACCUCGCUGCUAAAAAUGGGAUAUGCAUUGAUCUACAUGAAGGUAUUGAAGAGGCAUUCAGUGCAACGGAUUACAGAACUUUAGCAGAGAAGCUAUCACAAUCAGCAGCAAAUGUAGUUGUGUUUUACAUGAAUGAGCAAGAAGCGUAUCGUUUAUUGGAUCAGCUGGUAACUGUUGCAUCAAACCGUCGCUUCAUUUGGGUCGCCAGUGGUGCAUGGUAUUACAUAGCUGAUAGACUACCCCCUCAUAUUGUCUCAGGUCUAUUCAGCACAUUGCCUCUUUUUAAACAUGACAAUCACUUCUACGAUUACUACUAUGAUCUCUUCCCAAACAAUAACGAGCGAAAUCCAUGGUUUCCCGAUACCCAAUCAAUUUUCAAAGAUGUAGCUGCUGCUAACUGUACGACUAAUUGCACUGAAGACACUCCUAACCCAUUUCACAGAUUGAAGAUUAUAGACAUUUACACAUCUGCAGUUAUAGACGCAGUGUAUGCUUUUGCCCAUGCUCUUGAGAAAUACCUUGAUGAGAAUUGCGAAGAGCCUUUAGUGUGGAACAAAAAUGCAAAGACGUGUAAUGGCCAGAAGACACUAUUUAGUGGUUCAGGUCUGCUCCAAUACAUUGAUAAAGUCAAUUUCACUAGUCUAACUGGAAACCAUAUUACGUUCAACAGUGAGGGAAAUAUUAACUGUGCGUAUUCCAUAAUCAACUAUCAGUCGGAAAUUGAUCAAAACCAGUCCAUCCAUAAAUUUACUACAAUUGGAACAUGGGAGAACGGUUCUUUGGCUUUCGAUUCUAGUACUCCAGCACAAUUUGGUUUGGAUAAUAAUGGACAACCAAUGUUUUCAUCAGUUCAAUCUCAAUGCCAAAGCUGUGCUCCUGGACAAUAUGUGAGGAAGAUCAAUGCCUCCUGCUGUGGUCUUUGUGAUGACUGCCUUGGUCAGAUGUUUUCAAAUAACUCUGAGGCUGCUCGGUGUCUUAACUGCUCCAUGUAUGGUGAGAUGUGGGGGAACAACCCCAUUACUGGUAGUACUAGUUGUGUUGAGAUGCCCCAAAUAUAUUUGCAAUUCACCCAUCCAUUUGCUGUCGUAGUCGCAAUAGGGUCACUGAUUGGUCUAGUACUCCUAGUAACAGCUUUCAUUCUCCUGGUAAUUUACUGGAAUUCUCCAGUUAUUAGGUCCUCUAGUCGUGAGUCUGUUGUUCUUGUUCUAUUCGGUGCUGGGAGUAGCUUUGGAGCUAGUUUCAUAUAUCUUGCUCCCCCGUUCUUGCCAAUUUGUGCUCUGCAGCGAGUCUCAUUGUGGUUUUGUUUCUCUCUAAUGAAUGGAUCCCUUUUAAUCAAAAUGAUUAGAAUCACUAGAAUCUUUGUUUUCCAGAAAUCGAAAAUGAAUCAACACAAGUGUGCUCAACCUUACCAACAAGUCAUUUUCUCUAUACUGCUAGUGGCAGUUCAAAUGGUCAUUGUACUAUGCUCAAUCUUAUUUGAGCACCCGAGAGUUUCACAUGAGAUGCUACAGAAUAACCUGAACUUAGAUUCCUCCCCAGAAAUCUUGCUUACUUGUCAGCCUGAGCCUCUCGUGGGGUUCAUUGUAUCAGUUAUGUACGAAGCUGGGCUCAUUGUAGCUACUGUCAUACUGGGUACGUUGACAUUUAAAAGUCCUGCCAACUUUAACGAGUCCAAAUCGGUCUGUGUCUCGGCGUAUAUCCUUCUAUCAAUUUGGACGAUGUUCUUUGUUUCAUACUUCUUCACUGAGUCGGCACAAAACGUCCAGAAUGCUUUCAUUGGGUUCACCAACACUCUAGGAGCAUACACUAUACUGGGGAGCGUCGUGGGACCCAGACUAUUUACUGUAAUUUUCAUGAAGAAAAGAAACUCCAACCGUUUCAGCAGACGAGAGAAACACAGUGCUGAUAAGAAAAGUGACAAUUUGCCACCAGCACCGUAAAAACACAAUGUCUUGAAAUGAGCUGCUUGACAAUUUCAUGUUAAUUUUUUUCAGUUUGAAUAGCGCUGUUCCCAUAAUUGCAUGUGUGUAUGUAUCGUCACUCUCAUAACAUUAUCAAUGCUGUAUCUGCACUCCCCUGAUAUAGUUUCUAUUGUCGUACGUAUACAUUGUACAUGUACAGUAACACUAGUACUGGAUAACAUUUUCAAUACACAGUUAAAAGAGUCUGGAGUACGGUCCAACUUGAAAUCCGAAACCUUCCAUGAAAUCUCGAACGCUUUAUAACGAAACCUGUGAAAUCUCAAAUGAAAUCUUAUAGACACUACACCUUUUUUAAAGAAAAAAGGGUGUGA